UUAACGGUAUUCUUCAAGGCUGGAUUUAUAUAGUCCUAUUGUUGAUUUCAUCUGUAUUCCCAUUUAAAACACUGUCGGUUUACUUGUAAUUACUACGCAAAUAUACUAACUUAAAAUUCGAUCCUUUUUAAUUUCACACUUUCUUUCUCCUGAUUUCACGAGUUCCUUUUUUAAAGUGAAUUCUAUGGCGCAUUACGUUUCCUCAAAUUAUAUUACAUGUACUUAUUAUUGAUAAUACUUUUCCUCGAUAAAAUGUUGCGAUUCCGCAAUUUUUUAUUCUAUAUUCCGCAAAAAAAAAAAAUAUAUGGCAUUACGAUCCCACAAAUAUCUUACCUGGAUUAAAGUUUUAAAAAAACACCAAAAAACCCCAAAAACAAAGCAUUCUUCUUGGAUUAUAUUUCUAUGACUUCUGACAAUACAACAUACAGCACUGCAUGAAAUACUAGCAUUCAUUUUUAAUUCUAAGCAAUAGCACAACAUAAAAUGUUCCUGCAUAUGUAUUAAUUUGGUGCUAGAACAUUUUACAUGUCUGUUUGGAUACCACAUUUGUACUCGACAGUCUUUAAAAAUGAAUUCGGGGAAACUUCGUGUUUCAAAUAUUUCGCAUAUUCUGUACACAAAAAGUCAAGUUCUUCUUUGUCACUUUUGCGCACUGUUGCUGGUGCUGUCAGAGACAUGAUUUUUAUGUAAGUUCUUGUUUGGAGUUUAUGCAACACGUUCAUGAAUACAAUACUAUUUGGAUGUGGGGAAUAAAAUUGAGAAUUGAAAUGGGCAUAAAAGGACUGGUCCAUUUGUAGUACGCUUUUCCCCAAUAUCUGGAGUUGCUGCCCAUGGUGGAAACCUACAAUUAGAUUCAGCAGACACAUAAGAUGUUAACUUAUCGCCACAGGGAAAUUGUGGAAACGUUAAUGCUUGGGUACAAUAAUAGCUGUAUAUUAUUUUGCGGAAACGUAGUAGUAUUUUUUGCAGAAAGGUAAAAAUAACAUAUUUUUAAGAGUUACGGAAAAGUAAUACGCCCGAAUUCUAUUUACGUGUUGUGGCUAAAGGCAGUGUUUCCUGCAGUUUCAAUGUCAUGACAUUUGCCUCCAGGAAAAAUAUCGAAAAUUAAAAUACAGGGAAAUAAGGCUGUAUACAGCAUGAAAUUUAACAAAUUAUAGCCCUUCAGUUUCAUACUUACAUGCAUCAAGGUUAUGAGUGUAGUGUAACUAUCUGUGACAAUGAAGAGAAUACGAAGCGUUUGACCUUUGGGUCUUAAGGUGAAUAUUAGUGGUAGAAUCCUAAUUUGAAUUAAGGGCACAUAUCUUACCAGAUGUGCAGACAUCGUGAUAUUAGAAUCAGUUAUAUUACAAGAAUACGUUCCUGUUAGCAUGGCCCUGGCUUUGUUGACGUUUUGAAGAAUUAUGUAUUCUACUUCAUGUUUGAUUUGAACAUAUUUUAUUGCAUAUAUACAACCUCGCAUUGGGUCAAAUGCUGUCUGACGUGUUUCAUACCGAUUGUUAAGCCGUUCUUGGCACACUGAUUUCGACUGCGGAUAACUCCGUUUACCUGAUCAGGAUAUAGGGCUCACGGCGGAUGUGACCGGUCAACAGGGGAUGCUUACUCAUCCUUGGCACCUGAUCCCACCUCUGAUGUGUCCAGGGGUCCGUGUUUGCCCAACUAUCUAUUUUGUAUUGCUUAUAGGAGUUAUGAGAUUGAUCACUGUUCGUUAUCUUCACCUUGCAUGAUAUACACAGGUUUGAAAACAAGUUUAAUUAAGAAAUGAAUUACAAUUUUGAGGAUAUGAAUACGCGAUUUCCGAGAUAUCAGCUCUCUGUGAUGGAGACACAUUCAUUAUUGACCGCCUGGGUGGGUACAAGUUGUGUACAUAUAUUAUAGACUAGUUAGGACCUACGUAGAUACUCGUAAAUCUAAAUUUCGGGAAUUUGUUUACAAGCGAUAAAACAAUUUUAUCUUAAAUUUCUGCAUCAUAAAUUGAUUAAGCGAAGUUGACAGCAGCGAAAUUCAGACUAGUGUGGAGGAUUCUGGACCUGUCAAUGAAAAUUUCACAUCAAUUAUACGCUACUUACUUCCUCAUACUUUAUUAAAGUUCUCUAUAUUCACCGUAUCUGGGUCACUUAUUUUACAAAACAUCAACUCCUGACUCUGACUGCCAUUUUGAGAAACGCACGAAAGACCCGAAAAACCUAACGCUUUAAAGAACGGAAAAAUGGGUAAUAAUAAUCUAAAUGAAAUAAAAUAAACAAAAACAAAAAAUUAAGAAAGCCAAAAAAUAAUGUUCAAUUUCCUUCUCUAGGUGCAAUAUCACAGGAAUAAUGUUUUGAUCAAUUUUAAGGUAUUCGAGAUUUUAAGUAUAUCGGGUAUUUAGUGCUUUCAUUAAAAUGGCAGAUCUUGUCAACAGUUGAUGCUGCUGAGAAAAAGAAUCGUGUAACUCUACACGAAGAAGAUUAUUAAGGUAACACUUUUUAUACCCCCCGAACGAAGUUCUGGGGGUAUAUAGGAAUCACUCUGUCUGUCCGUCCGUCCGUCCGUCUGUCUGUCUGUGCAGAUUCGUGUCCGGGCCAUAACUUCUUUGUUCUUUGAGUUAGGCAUACCAUAUUAGGCACACAGGUAGAUCACCAUGAGACGAUGUGUUGAGUACCUUCAUGACCUCUAUAUGACCUUGACCCUUGACCUCAAUGUCAAAAUUAAAGGUGUUUUUUUUUACGAUGGAUUGGUGUCCGGGCCAUAACUUCUUUGUUCUUUGACAUAGGCAUACCAUAUUUGACACAUGAGUGUAUCACCAUGAGACGAUGUGUCAUGUACCUUCAUGACCUCCAUAUGACCUUGACCUCAAGGUCAAAAUUAAAAGUUUUUACAAUGGAUUCUUGUCAGGGCCAUGACUUUUUUGUUCUAUGACAUAGGCAUAUCAUAUUUGACACAUGAGUGUAUCACCAUGAGACGAUGUGUCGAGUACCUUCAUGACCUCUAUAUGACCUUAAACUUUGACCUCAAAAUUUCUCAAAAUUGAUUAUAGGGUUUUGACAUAGUCAUACCAUAAGACAUGGGUGUAUCACCAUGAGACUAUGUGUCAUGUACAUUCAUGACCUCUUUAUGACAUUGACCUUUGAUCUCAAGGUCAAAAUUAUAGGUUUAUGCCAUGAAUUUGUGUUCGGACUAUAUUUUCCAUUUUCUUCAACAAAGGCAUAUCAUAUUUUUACACCCAGGAAAGAGGUAAUUUAUACCUAUUAACAACACCCUUUGGGAGAUUGGGGUAAGCGGGGGAUAUUCUUAGUGAGCAUUGCUCACAGUACAUCUUGUUUCAUACUGUUCUGUCCUCUUUUCUUCUUUCUUUAUUUGUGAGUGCUUGUUGUAUACAUAUUGUUUUACAAAUUAAUUACACCUAGUGUUAACUCUAAAGCAAACUAGCAUGGCGCCAUGCCCGUUUUGGCUGGCGCCAUGCCCUUUUUCGCUGGCGCCAUGCCCUUUUUAAUUGCACCAUGCCCUUUUUUCUCUAUAAAUUAUUUUAUAUUUUAAAAAUAUUUGUUAAUAUAUACAAUUGUUCUUUAUUUCACAAGGUUGAUUGAAAAAUUUAAAAAUCAAGGCAGCUGGUAUUAACUUUUAAAGAAGCUAAAUGAUUAUUCUAUUACUAUCAUAGUAUGAUACAUGUACAAUGAAAGUGCCCUGAAAUUGUCUUGCCGAGUGCCCUUUCGAACGUAUGAUAUGUGUACCCUCUCUAGAUCCUAGAUUGAACACCAUACCCCAUAUCCACUGGUUAGGUUGAAAUGUAGUGGUUUGGAAAAGUCCUAAACCGAUAAAUGCCAAUAAACAUUUACUCACCAAAAAAAUAAAUAAACAUGUGAAUUCGAGAGAACGAUGACGUACAGCAUUGCUAUACUUAAGAACCUGUGGCUUGAAAUUUGGCAUGCAAGUAUAGUUAAAAUAUUAAUCUAUGCAAGGACAAAUUACGCAUAGCGUACCUAGUUUAAGAUAUUUUAGACAUUUGAUGCGAGUGGGUAGUUUUUUUAUCUGGGUCAGAGUUAGACCCCUAUCUAUAUUUAUGGUAUCACAGAGUUCGGACCCAAAACGGACUUACAUGUAGCCCCUGUGGAUAUGGCUAUCGUUACAAUUUGUAAAAAUAUCAAUAGCAAAAACAUUGAAAAUGUAAAUAUUUAUUAGCCAGCUGGCUUUGUUACAUGUAUUGAAAAUCAAUAUACAAUUUACUUCCCCCAAUUACCCAUCACUCGAGCUCUGAUAACAUUUUAUGUAGAUAUUGAGAAGGGGCAUGGGACACUCUAAACCCCACUUCCUGUUAUCUCCUUCCACACCCUAUCCUCUCGCGCCCCUGAACGAUGUUUUAGAAUAUGACAACAUUAAACAUCUUUCUCUCCGAUCUGACUUUUCUCUCCUAUUUAUUGACUACUCACACUUUACACCACGUGCAUUGUAUACUACGCUGUGUAAAACGUGAAUAAACAUCUUGUAAUGUGUACAUCUGGGCUAGAUGAUGGGAUAAAAAUAGAUUAUUUGGUGGCUCCGUCUGUUAAGAACCUCGCUCAGUAAACAGAGUGUUACAAAUUUGGAUAUCCGAGGAUGGGAGAUGAUAUUCCUGCAGCACUCUAUCAUGCCGUCGAGAAGAAUGAUGUCACAAAACUUCGUCAUUUAUUACAGGAGGGCGCGAAUCCUAAUGAGAAUUAUAACGACAGUCCAGCAUUAUCCUUCACUAUCCUCCACUUGUGUUGCGGGAAAGGACAUUUAGAAAUCACUCGAGAACUGGUGGAGGCUGGUGCAAAUAUAUAUGCACGAGAUGCAUGGGGCAUGUCGCCGUUCAUUCACAGCAUUAUUUCUCAAUACACAGAGGUCUUAGAAUAUCUGUUGUCAAUAAGCCCUCCUUUGGUAAACAUACGAGAUAAAUUCGAGAAGUCGCCGCUUCAUUUUGCGAUAGAGUCAAACAAUGUAGAUAUUUUUACCUUGCUCAUUAAGAGGGGUGCGGAUAUAAACAUUAGUACCAUGCAUGGUAUUACCCCGCUUAUGUUUGCCUGUAUAACACCGAAACUGUCUAACAGAGAGGAAAUGGUUCGCAUUCUCCUUAAGGAAGGUGCACUGGUGGAUUUAAAGGACGUUUUAGAUUACAGAACUGCACUUCAGUUUGCAGUGACAAAGAGACACACAGAGCUGGUGUCUAUGUUGCUGCUGGCUGGUGCAGAUACCAAUAGUUUAGACAAAGGUGGUGGUACACCCCUCACUAAUCUAAUGACGGCUUCAGUGCGGCCAACAUGUCUAGAUCCUACGGUCAGUGAUGACGUCAUGACGAUAAUUGUUCUUCUGCAGCAAAUGGGAGCCGACUUAAACAUGAAUAAAUGCGAGUACAGUAACCCGCUAAUGGUGGCAACUUUGUUGAAGUCUGCCAAACUUGUAGAAUAUUUCUUGGGCUGUGGAGCAGAUCCAAAUGUGAAAUUUAUAUCUGGUAUUACUCCGUUACUUGCUGCAGUUGGCAACAGAGACGUAAAAACGACACGACAUUUGUUACGUCACAAUGCAGACGUGGCAGCCAAGGCCAUGGUUAUCCGCAGACGACAAGAAGAACGAAUGUAUAACCCAUUUGAACUAGCAGUGGAGCUAUUGCAGUGGGAGAUAGUGGAUACCUUGAUUCAGUUCGGGUAUAAUCUCUCCCAACAUGACUAUUUACAGGACAAUGCCUGUUUAGAUUCGACGCCUGAGUCGCUCAGAGACGACAAGAACAUGUUGUCCAUGUUGCAAGCACUAGCGAGGUCACCUUGUUCACUUCAAAGAAUUGUCAUUUUGAAUGCCAUGGAUUAAUCCUCGUGUCAAGGGUGUGACCUGUCUGUCUGUCGAGAGCGAAGUCUUCCUCUCCACACAUGGCGAUCCAGUGACUUGGUAAAGUCCAUGUUCAGGGCUACACGAUCACGCUUCACGAGCUCGUCCCAAGAAAUUCGUCUCAACAAAUUCGAAAGACUCUUGCAAAAUUUUAAAUGCCUCUAGUAAAGACAAAAAAAUGUGUUGUGGAUAUAAAUGAUAUGUACAUUUUUUUUAAAUAUGUCAAUGAAAUUGACUCUGAUGAACCACAUUAUCAAGAUGCUGAUUACUCAACAACAACCGCUGCUGAAGUUAUUGAACUAUCCGAAGGGUUCCUGAAUUCCGGAAUUAGUGAAAAUGAUAUCACAGAAGCCGUGAGAAAAAUAAAAACAGCAAAUCCCCUGGAUUUGACAGCAUAUUGAACAAAAAUAUUUCAUCCACAUUAUCUUUAUUUAUGCCAGUUUAUUUGAAUUUUUUAAACAUAAUAUAUGGCGGUGGAUGUGUUCCAGAAGAAUGGCUGAUUGGUUUAGUUGAAUUUAUAUAUAAAAAUAAAGGCGAUCCCACGAAACCCAA